ACUCCCGUCAACAGGCUAGUAAAGUUUUACAGCCCCUGGGCGUCAACAUCGAAAGCUUAUGCCGUGCUGUAACUCGCGAACCAAGCAGUUCGUUCUGUUCUCAUUUUUCUGAUUCCUCUGUUAAGUUUACUAUUCAGGUGGACACUCUUCAUCUCCACAAGGAUGUCUCCGUCGACGUCCCCAAGGAUCUUCACUGAGAGGGAGGUGGCCCAACACUGCACCAAGGACUCCUGCUGGGUGCUUCAGGGGACCAGAGUAUACGACGUGACCGCUUUCUUACGGAUGCAUCCGGGUGGUGAGGUGCUCAUACUUCGCCGAUCAGGCAAGGACGUGAGCCAGGAGAUGGAAGGACCCCCCCACCACCACUCAAACAACGCCCGGCGGUGGAUGGAGCAGUACUACAUCGGAGAACUAGGCAGACACAGCGACACCGGCGAGGGACAGACUCCGAGAGAAAGAAGGAAAGCCAGUGAACAGACAGCAGAAGUGGACAAGAAUGUGAAAAACGACGAUGAGAAUGCCCUAUUCAACUGCUGUAGAUCUGUGGACCUUGACAAGGAUUUGGUGGAUUGGAGGAAGCCCCUGGCAUGGCAGGUAGGUUACCUUGGAGAGAAAUAUGACACAUGGGUUCACCAGCCAGUGGACAGACCAAUCAGACUGUUCGGAAACCCUUUUCUGGAGGCCAGCACCAAAACUUCCUGGUACUGGGUGCCAGUGGUGUGGCUUCCUGUUGUCUUUUAUUACAGUUGGUACUGCUACACCACCCUGGCAAAAGGCACUACCAGAAUAGUCCUCACUUCAGAAUUCUCUAUUCCGAUCCACAAGUACAUUUUCCCAGUGCUGUUUUUGCUGGGUUGGUUCUUGUGGUCGUUCAUUGAGUACUGCAUCCAUCGCUUUGUCUUUCACAUGAAACCACCGGCCCACAACUACUACCUCAUUAUGCUGCAUUUUCUCCUGCAUGGACAACACCACAAGUCUCCAUUUGAUGGCUCUCGGCUGGUCUUCCCUCCAGGCUUAGCAUCUUUUGUGGUUGGAACUUUCUAUGCAAUCCUACGCAACACACUCCCAGAUGUUCUUGGGAUAUCCGUGUUUGUUGGAGGACUGUGUGGUUAUGUUGUCUAUGACAUGAUCCAUUACUACCUUCACUAUGGCUCGCCAAAGAAAGGCUCCUAUAUGUACAGUUUGAAGGCCUACCAUGUGAAGCAUCACUUUGAGCACCAGAGAGCAGGUUUUGGAAUCACCUCCACAUUCUGGGACCACCCCUUCAACACAGUCAUCCCAGAUGAAAAAUUCUAGUACU